ACAGAUGACAGGCCACCACCUCUGAACCGUUGAGACACAGAGGUCAGAAUGAGAUGUUGUAAAGUGCAAUCAUGAAAAUCCCCUGCACGUAUUAAAGGCUUUCACAUGAAUUUUCUCAUUUAAUCCUCCCCAACUACCCUGCCAGGGAUGGACUGCUGUUGUUGGCUGGGGGAUGAAAGGGUGGAACCCACAAGGGGAAGGUGUAGAGCCAGGGAAGAGCAGAGCUGGGCUCUCGGUAUUUGUCAUUCUGUAAGAAGGGAGUGCCUGGGUGGCACAAAUGGUUAAGCACUUGACCACUAGCCAAAAGGUUGGCAGUUAGAACCCACCCAGAGGCACCUUGGAGACAGGCCUAGUGAUUUGCUUCUGAAAGGUUACAGCUUUGAAAACCCUAUGAAGCAGUUCUACUUUGAACACACGGGGUAGCCAUGAGUUGGAAUCUCCUCGAAGGCAACUGACAAAAAAAGAAAGGAAUGAAGCGAUCAGGCACUACUGGACUCGCCCCACCCCGCCGACUGCAGUCUUGCCCCCAUCAGGGGACUUUCCUUCCUGUCCCCACCCCAACCUGUAUACUGUCCCAUAUACUGACCCCAGUCACGCUGGGCAGGAACCACACAGGCGUCCUUGAUCCAGAGGAAAUUGACCAGAGUUCAUCCAUCACGUACUCACUCUACAAACUGGCCAUGGGACAGGUGAUCUGCUUGGGACUCAGUGAGUGCAGGAAUAAGACAUUGACCUCAAGAUGUUCACAGUCAAGCAGGAGACACAGACAGACAACUGGCCAUCUUCCAGGGGAUGCAUGCCACUUCCUCUCCAGUGUGUUCCUAGUACCCUGGGAAUCCAGAGCAGGGAAGCCGUGAAACAUCAAAUGGAGAGGACUCUAAGGAGGGGUUGGGAAUGGAAGAAGUAUGAGGGGACCCCAGGUCCCAGGGUCUGGCAUCCUGCAGAGCCAGAGUGGCGGGUGGAAUGAGACAGUGCUAUCAUGUGCCCUCUGUUUGACAAAGUCACUAUUGUCUCUCACAACUGACCUGAACGUUAUGAUUUACAAAGCUGUAUCACAGUCACCGUUGCCUUUGAGCUUCAGAAUCCUCUGGUCAGUUGUCCACUCUGAAUCCUUCCUCCAGCAGAGCUGGCUGGUCCUUUCUGUGUUCCCCAACCCCCACACCCCCACCCACCUACAACACACACCCCUUGUCUCAGGUCAGCGUUCCCCAAGCAGGCUCUGAGAUGAGAAUUUACAGGUGACCAGCAGGGGAUGGGGAAAGCAAACCAGGAGGAGAAGGGAAGGGAGCCAAGCAAAGUCCCACUGCAUGGAGGUAAACUGGCUUGAUCCUCCCGUGAAACUCAAAAAACAGUGUAGGUCACGCUGGACCAGAAGCCUGUAUCCUUCCAGCAGACAUUAGUCCAGAGCUUUCCCAGGAGAGGGUAUAUUUCCAGUCACUUCCACUUUCCUAGAGCCUAUAGGCUAAGGCUUUGGAACCUGAUGGUGUAGGUCCCCACUGCUGGGUGCACAAGUCCAGGAAAGCUGGUAUCAUCCAGCGGAAUCUAGGCUCACUCUGUCAGCACCUGCAACCAUUUACAGGCACACUUGAUCACAUAUCUGUCUCCCCACGAAAAGCCUCCCAGAGCCUGGCACAUAGCAUAUGUCUAAUAGGAGUUUGAAAGGCACUGGUGGUUCAAUGGUAGAAUUCUCACCUUCCACAUGGCAAACCCAGGUUCAAUUCCUGGCCAAUGUGCCUAACAUGCAGCCACCACCUCUCUGUCACUGGAGUCUUGCAUGUUGUUAUGAUGCUGAACAGGUUUCAGCAGAGGUUCCAGACUAAGACGGACUAGGAAGAGGACUGGCAAUCUACUUCCAAAGAAAUCAGCCGAUGAAAAUUCUAUGGAUCACAAGGGUUGUUCCAUCGUACGUGGGGUUUCCAUGAGAUGAGGGCCGACUCAGCACCAGCUAACGACAAAUAAGUGUUUGAUGAAUGUGGUGAACGGAUGAUCGAAAGGAAGGAAGGAAACAGGGAUGAUUUUACCCAUUUUCAGCUAAAGAAACUGAGGCACAGGAAGGUAAGUGACUUGCCCAAGACUCCACAGGGAAUAAGCAGCACAGCAAGGACCCCAAUCAACUUUCUGACUGUGCAUUCAAAGCUUGUUGCCCUCACCCAGGCAGGGCAAUCCCUCCCCGCCCCCCAGCCUUUUCUUGUUGUUGUGUGCUGACUCACAGUGACCCUAUAUGACAGGGUAGAGCUGCCCCACUAGGUUUUCUAAGCUGUAAUAUUUAUGGGAGCAUAUAGCCAGGUCAUUUCUCCUGUGGAGUCACUGGUGGGUUCGAACCACUGACGUUUUGGCUAAUAGUUUAGCGCUUAACCACUGCACCACCAAAGCUUCUUAAACCAAAAAACAAACUCACUACCGUCAAGUUGAUUCUGACUCAUAGUGACCCCAUAGGGUUUCCAAGGCUGUAAACCUCUACAGAAGCAGACUGAGACGUCUUUCUUCUGUGGAGCUGCUGGUAGUUUUGAACUUCCAACCUUUCAGUUAGCAGUCCACCAUUUUAACCACCAUGCCACCAAGGCUCUUUAGAGCACCCAAAAUAACCCCUGACUCAAGUGCAACAACUUCCCCUUUUCAGACCUCAGGGACCUCUAGGAUUUUAGAGGAACCUUAAGAGGAGAAGGAGGGGGGCUAUAUCAGCACAUAUUUCCUCCUAGCCACCCCUAUAAAGGUCAGAGGGAGGUUGCUGUGCUCUUCGAGGAACCAGGCCUUUGUUCCUAGCCCGUCUCCUGCACCCUGGUCUGCAUCCUCUUGGCCUCCUCUGCUCUCCAGGACAUGGCAGGCACUGCGACCCUCAUAGCCAGCCUACUGCUCCUGGCCCUCUGUGCCCACAGCAUCACCCCUGCAGGCUCUGUAGCCAUCCCCUCUUCCUGCUGCAUGUCCUUUAUUUCCAAGAAAAUUCCCGAGGGCCGUGUGGUAGGCUACCAGGUGUCCAAUGGGAGUGUCUGCCCCAAGGCAGGGGUGAUCUUUACCACCAAGAAGGGCCAGAAAUUCUGUGGUGACCCCAAGCAGCUGUGGGUCCAGAGGUAUAUGAAGAACCUGGAGGCCAGACGAAAGAAGGCCUCCCCUGGGGACAAGGCAAUAGGCAGAAAGGCCCCUGUCCGAAGACACCCUGCCAACAGCACCACCAUCUAACCACAUUGGCCUCCAGCUCUGGGCCUGGGCCUUGCCACUUGACUGGAUGCCUGCGGCCUGGGAAGCCUGUGAUGAGAGCUAAUUUUCCUGCUUCUCAGCAUCACUUUCAGGGAAAGUGUCUAUUCUAUGGAAAACCCAAGGCAGAAGAGGCCAGCUCCCUUGGGCACCCUGGGUGGAGGCAGGGGCAGCCAUUUGCCCUUUUCCUCUUCAGUAGCAGCUGCUUCUCUUCUGACUCCUGGUCCCCAGCUCAGCCCAGGCGCUUGAGGCCCAGCACACCCUGCUGAUGCCAUGCCUCCAGUAGCUUUUCUUGGCCCUCUGGGCUUAUAGUGGGGCCUCUGGGCUGUCUGUCUGGAGAUGAGUGACCUGUCAAUGGCUGCAGCUCCCUGGCAUAAUGGGUACUCCAGCCUUGUUCUAAUUCCAACACUCCCAAUUUGGCAAAUUAUAACAGUGGGUCCUCCCUGGGCACUUCUCAUGGGAUAUGCAGGAACAUCCUGCUUUUUGUAAAGAAAUGGACAUGGAGGAUCAGGGUGAGGGCCAGCCUGGGUAGUUUCAUUUCUUUGUGAAGAUACGACUUUGAGGAGAUGCUCUGCUCUGUGACAAGCUUGCUCCUUGCUGCUUUGGGGUUGGAGGCCUUAGUGGUCUUUGAAGUGGGGCUUUCUCCAUGUUUUGGUGAGAAGCAAGUGGGGUGGGGACUGAGGGGGAGAAGAACCACCUUUUUUGUUCAAUGCAUGAGAUACUGUGUGGUUUGUAUGUCAAGAGUGUAGACACAGUUGCUGUUCCCAAAUAACAAUCCUGGUAAAAUAUGAUUUCUCUUUUGAAGGCAGUCGUGUGUUGCCUCUUAUCAUCUCCCUUAGGGGGAGGGUUGGGGUAAGAACAAUGGAGUGUGUGCCUCAAAGAGCAUCCUGGGGGGCACUUGCCCACCAGAAACCAGGAGAGGAUGAGAGGAUGAGGACAUCCUAAACCCAGGAUAUCCUGGGAGUGAUCUUGGUUUGUUCUUAGCUGGGCCUCUAACUAGUUCACCCAAGCUCUAACCGCUGCUGAAAAUUCGCAUUUCUAACAAGUUCCCAGGUGAUGCUAAUGCCGCUAGUUAGGAACCAGUUCUGAGAAUCACUAGUACAGCAGUGGGUCUCAGAAUUUAUUACAUAUAAGAAUCACCUGGGGAUCUUGUUAAACUGUAGAUUCUGAUUCAGUAUAUCUGGGGUGGAAACGUGUGUUCUCUCUUGGGAUCCCUGUCAUUAACUUUGAAAAAUACCCAGCUGGAUUCAGUUAAGUUUUUCUUUUAAUUUCAGCAAAGAGGCACUUUAUAUGCACGAGGAACUAUUAAAGGCAUUAAA